AGUUCGAUCUUACCUUGCAGGAGCCGGUAUUGGAACGUGCCAAAUCGUUGAUACACGAGUAUCGAAACCCUGGCUAGCAGAGUUGUCCGCUUGGAGAAAACUAGCUAUUACUCCAAAACGUACAGCCUCCAUCCCUUACCAAUUCUUCCUGACAUAGCGCACCGCAGCAUGCCGUCUCAAAAUAGACCCGCCGAGGUGGAUCCAAGCCCAAACGCCAUUUUAACCCUUCUCAGAAUCAUAUCAAGAGGGCGUGCGAUGAUCCCAAGCUAGGACCUGGUGUACCGAGCCAGGCUAUGGUGAAACUGAUCGCGGCACAACCGCUCAGGAACGUACAGCUCAGCCAACACCCCAAACUCCUGGCGAGUACCGUGCCAUCCAACUGGGCACGGCAAUGCAACUGCGAAACUGCGCUGAUGCAGGCAACGGGACACAUUCCCGAGCGCCCCUGCAAAAGCUGCGAAGCCGGAAACAGGCCUUCUCAAAAAAGCUGCAUCGUUUCCCGAAUUGGCAGUUACGGAGCCUGUGCCAAUCGACGAUAUGGGUCGAAACACCUCUCGCUACGAUUUCACACCGGGAAAGAGCCGCGAGCUGAGAAUAGCCGCACACCCACAGACUCAUCCCUGGAACCCCUGUCGAAGCGCACGCAAUGCCGCCAAGCUAGUCGAUCUGUUCCCUGGCCCCUUCACCACCGAAUCAUUGCGCCCAAAGGAGCUAGCCCGUCCUGUGUCACCGACACACACAAGCGACUCGAAGGCUUCAAGGUAUACUUGCCCAACUACAAGCCAACGGGCUCAAGAACAACUUCCCCGCCGCCGCCCGCCUCCAGCCCUGCUGCGCGAAUCAAGCAACUCUGGUCGCGAGAAGGACGCUUCACGCCCUGUAGGACAGGUUGAUUCCCUGUGCCAUGCGAGCUGUCCUACCCAGACAAGGCACUCAUAUCUCAAUCU